AUGGGCCUGGAUUAUGCAGAAAUGGCAGAAGACCAAGUCGUGGACCCUGAGGUCCAAAGUUACCGGACGGCCCCCACAGCUCUCCGCAUGCAAGAGGUGGUGUUUGAUGCUGCCAAUUCUAUGCGGCUCAGCAACGUCUCAAUGGGUGAACCUUGCCCAUUGGUGCCUGUGGCCUGGGGGCGCAGUGUUUUCGACACCAUCCACAUCCUUUCUCACCUAGGGGUGAAGGCCUCUACCAAGCUGGUGAGAGCCAAGUUUGUCUGGCCUGAUCUUUGCAGAGCCAUCAGAGCUUGGGUUCCCCCCAUGUUUGGCAUGCCAGCAUGCCAAGGUCCCACGUCACAAAAAGGCUACGUUAAUAUGGACCUGGUGGCCCUAUCCUACCAAGCCUUCAACGACGUCAGCUGA